GAGGAUAACAGAGGACACGGUUGAGAGAGAGAGAGAGAGAGAGAGAGAGAGAAAAUGGCGGGGAUUCAAGUAGGGGCUUGCUCAUCGGCACCAUUGUCCCCUUCACUAGGACCUUCUCUCUCAUUGUCUUCUUCUUCUUCUUCUUCUUCUCGUCUCCAUCUUCCUGUGUCUCCUGAUUAUAGCGCUUCUCGAAGACUCGCUCUCUUUCACCUCACCACUGCUAUCCCUCUGUCACCGUUAUUUGAUGUAAAAGCUUCUACAUUGCUAAGAUCCGAGGGGACCAUUAUAGAGGCCAGUACAGCAGCAAAUAUGGCACAACCAAGUACAUUUGUCACGGAGGAGAAUGCAUUCAAGUGGGUCAAAAAUGACAAGAGAAGAAUGCUUCAUGUUGUUUAUCGUGUUGGGGAUUUGGAUAAGACAAUAAAAUUUUAUACUGAGUGCUUGGGUAUGAAGCUGUUGAGAAAACGUGACAUACCGGAGGAGAGAUAUUCAAAUGCUUUUCUUGGAUAUGGACCUGAAGAUUCCCAUUUUACUGUUGAACUUACUUACAAUUAUGGAGUGGACAAGUAUGACAUUGGAACUGGUUUUGGACAUUUUGGUAUUGCAGUCGAAGAUGUUGCGAAAACAGUGGAUCUUGUAAAAGCAAAGGGGGGCAAAGUUACAAGGGACCCUGGUCCUGUUAAAGGUGGCAAUACUGUUAUUGCCUUCGUUAAAGAUCCAGAUGGUUAUACCUUUGAGCUUUUGGAGAGGGGGCCUACACCGGAGCCUCUAUGUCAAGUAAUGCUGCGAGUGGGAGACCUUGACCGUGCAAUAAAUUUCUAUAAGAAGGCCUAUGGCAUGGUGCUUCUUAGGAAAAGAGAUAACCCAGAAUACAAGUAUACAAUAGCCAUGAUGGGCUAUGGUCCUGAAGAUAAAAAUGCAGUGGUGGAAUUGACAUAUAACUAUGGGGUCAAAGAAUAUGACAAAGGAAAUGCUUAUGCACAGAUUGCAAUAGGCACCAAUGAUGUCUACAAGACUGCUGAAGCAAUUCAACUGUGUGGAGGGAAAAUUAUCCUGGAACCUGGGCCUUUGCCAGGCAUCAACACCAAGAUUACAGCCUGCUUGGACCCUGAUGGUUGGAAAUCGGUCUUUGUUGAUAAUGUUGAUUUUCUCAAGGAAUUAGAGUAACUAAAGUAUCAUUAUAGCUGUCUCACUUUUUGACUGAAUUCGUGGAGAAAUUCAUAACAAUUUUGUCUAUUGAAAUCUCGCCUUCUGUCAGAUCAAUUUUUUGAAAAGUGUGUUUGAUGCCAUUCUGUAGAUGUAAUAUAAUCACUCUGGAACAGCUGAAAUUAGUGGUUUUCUUUUUUCCUUUCACUAAUACCAGUUUUUGAAGUAUGAGGUACA